AUGGAUUCACACUGCGACAUGCGAAACUGGCCUCUAGGACGAGUAGUUAUUUCCUCGGAUAAUAUCUACUGUGCCUACAGAGAUGACCAGAGGCCAAACUGCCUAUUCGACAAGGCCAUGAGACACCUCGGUCAUAUAACAGCGAACCACAGGGCUACUCAAUGUUACAAAGAGAAGCUUGUCAAUUGGGUCAACGACUCAGUGAUUCACGCCAUAUACGGGAGCAAUAUGAUAGAGCGGGCCGGACUACCCUGGAUAGAUACAUUGAAUCACUGCAACCAAGUUCUUCGAGGGUCGGAACCUGAGGUAGACAGUGAUUCAGACGAUAUCCGAGGCCUGCGGGAAGUCGUGAAUCACAUGAGAGCCUAUCAGCACAUUUUCCGUCGCUUCGUUUUUGAAGGAGAAGACAUGUCGGAGAAUCUCAUCAAGGACACACACGCGAUUCUCUGCAAAGGGGUCUCAAUCAUCGACCCCGAACAUGCCUACCCAGAAGUGCCAUACAGGAAAUACGCUGGCAAAUAUCGCACAGUUCAUGUGGGGGCGGGCGACACCAUGUUUGUCACACCCAAAUUCGUCCCAGCCAAGAUGACCGAGAUGUGCGCCAAUCUUAAGAAGGAACUAGAUGAAUGGAGUGAGACGUUGGAUCCGUUUUCCGUUGCUUCAAAGUAUUCGCUCAGAUUCGUCGAGAUUCACCCUUUUCAGGACGGUAAUGGGCGUAUGUGCCGGAUGAUUCUCAACGCUAUUUUAUUCCGAUAUGUUGGCAUCGUCGUCCCAAUUGGAGAGUCUGUGGAGGAUCAAGUUGAGUAUAUAGAUAUCAAAAAACGCGCUUCGAGGGAUAUGGAAGGGCACGGUGAAUACGCCACUUUUGUAUUGGACAAGGGAGCGAAAGCUCUCGAGGAUUUGCAGCAGACGCUGCAGCGGUAUUAG